AUGACCAUCACCUUCCCACCACUGUCCCUGCGAUGGUGUCCGCCGACCUCCUGGCUGUGGCUCCUGCCCCCACCGCUGGCUGUGCCGUGGAUGCGGAGUGAGAGCACGAAGGCUGCCCGGGGGUUGCCUCCACGGUGCAAAGGCAUCGACCUUGUGGAUCAUACAAAGUCGGCGACGAAGCCUAAACGGAAGCGCACGGGCUCGGACUCCAAGUCCGGGAAGCCUCGGCGCGCGCGCACCGCCUUUACCUACGAGCAGCUCGUGGCGCUGGAGAACAAGUUCAAGGCCACGCGCUACCUGUCGGUGUGCGAGCGCCUCAACCUGGCUCUGUCGCUCAGCCUCACCGAGACACAGGUCAAGAUCUGGUUCCAAAAUCGCCGCACCAAGUGGAAGAAGCAGAACCCGGGCGCCGACACCAGCGCACCGACGGGCGGCGGUGGGGGCGCAGGCCCCGGUCCCCCGGGCCCGCUGAGCCCGUCGCCGCCCAUGGGCGCGCCACUGGCCAUGCACGGUCCAGCCGCCUACCCUGCGCACGGGCCCGGCGGCCUGGUGUGCGCCGCGCAGCUGCCCUUCCUGUCCAGCCCGGCGGUGCUCUCGCCCUUCGUGCUGGGCUCUCAGACGUACGGCGCGCCCGCCUUCUACGCGCCGCACCUCUGA